AUGGAACACGUUGAAGAAGCCGGUCUUGAAGAGCGCCUCAAGUCCGCCCUCUGGCUGUCCAUUGGCAAGAUCGUCGACGAGGAGACCAUCAAGCUAGGCGUCAAUGCAACGCCUCAAUUCAUCGGUGCUCUGACGGAAAUGGUCUGGUCUCAAAUUGAGACAGUCAGUCAGGACCUGGAAUCAUUCGCUAAGCAUGCCGGGCGAUCGACCGUCAACGUCUCCGACGUGAUGCUGCUUGCGCGCCGCAACGAGGGUCUGGACUCGAUUCUGCGUGCAUUCGUGGAGCAGCAGCGCCAGGAGGGAUCUUGA